UCUCCAGGUUUUGCGCUGGGCUGCGGCCGCCGAGUCGGUGGGGCGGCCGCGCGGGCUGCGGGCGGGAGGCGGCGGCGGCGGCGGCACAGCCCGCGCGGGCCCCGCCGUGGCCCAGGCAGCCCGGACGCCGCGGAGGGCGGCCGCACGCGGGCCGCGCGCCCGGGAUGCGGGACUAGCGGGCGGCUGCGUGCGGCCGUCGGUCGGGACAGCGAGGCCUCGCCGCGGGCGGGCCCGGUGGGGCAGCCGCGGCGCCGCCCCCUGUGCCCCGAGGCCGCGGCCGCGCCGCUUCUGCUUUCCCGCUUCGCGCGGCAGCGGCGGCCGAGGAGGCGCCCGCGCCGCCGCCGCCGCCCCGCGCCCUGACGGCCGCGGUUAUGCGUAUUCCUGUAGACCCGAGCACCAGCCGCCGCUUCACACCCCCCUCCACGGCCUUCCCCUGCGGCGGCGGCGGCGGCGGCAAGAUGGGCGAGAACAGCGGCGCGCUGAGCGCGCAGGCGGCCGUGGGGCCCGGCGGGCGCGCCCGGCCCGAAGUGCGCUCGAUGGUGGACGUGCUGGCGGACCACGCGGGAGAGCUCGUGCGCACCGACAGCCCCAACUUCCUCUGCUCCGUCCUGCCCUCUCACUGGCGCUGCAACAAGACGCUGCCGGUCGCCUUCAAGGUGGUGGCACUGGGAGAUGUGCCGGAUGGAACGGUGGUGACGGUGAUGGCCGGCAAUGACGAGAACUACUCUGCUGAGCUGCGCAAUGCCUCGGCGGUCAUGAAGAACCAGGUGGCCAGAUUCAAUGACCUGCGCUUCGUGGGCCGCAGUGGGCGAGGGAAGAGCUUCACACUGACCAUCACUGUGUUCACCAACCCCACCCAAGUGGCCACCUACCACCGAGCCAUCAAAGUCACCGUGGAUGGACCCCGUGAGCCCCGACGUAACGAGAGAUCCCGUGAGGAAAAGCAAAGCCAGGAGAAGGGCCGGAGCGUGCGGAGGGGGGGCCGGGGGUCCUCGAGAGGGCACCGGCAGAAGAUAGAAGACCAGACCAAGGUGUUCCCCGACCGUUUCGGGGACCUGGAGCGGCUGCGCAUGCGGGUGGCGCCCAGCACGCCCAGCCCCCGCGGCUCCCUCAGCACCACGAGCCACUUCAGCAGCCAAGGCCAGACCCCCAUCCAAGGCACCUCGGAGCUGACGCCCUUCUCCGACCCGCGCCAGUUCGACCGCUCCUUCCCGGCGCUGCCGCCGCUCUCGGAGAGCCGCUUCCCCGACCCCAGGAUGCACUACCCGGGGGCCAUGUCGGCCGCCUUCUCCUACAGCGCCGCGCCCUCGGGCGGCAGCCUGGGCGGCCUCAGCGUGGCGGGCAUGCCGGCCGCCGGCCGCUUCCACCACACCUACCUCCCGCCGCCCUACCCCGGCGCGCCGCAGAGCCAGAGCGGCCCCUUCCCCGCCAACCCCGCGCCCUACCACCUCUACUACGGCGGCGCCUCGGGCUCCUACCAGUUCUCCAUGGUGGCGGGCGAGCGCUCGCCCUCGCGCAUGCUGGCCUCCUGCCCCGGCGGCGCGGCGCCCGCCGGCAACCUCAUGAACCCCAGCCUGGGCGGCCCGGGCGACGUGGAGGCCGACGGCAGCCACAGCAACUCGCCCACCGCCCUCAGCACGCCGGGCCGCAUGGACGAGGCCGUGUGGCGGCCCUACUGAGCCGGCCACCGAGGGCAGGCCCGGAAGACGGCCCGGCGCCCGCGCCCCGUCCGGUCUCGGGACUCCCUCGCUGCAGGGCUGGGGCCGGACCUCGCCGGCAGAGAGGGCAGGGCGCACCUGGCCAGCGCCCCCGCCCUGCCGCCGCGCCCAGCCCAGAAGUCCCCGGGGUCCGCGAGUCUGGCCCUGGCCGCAGGUCCCGUCACAGGGAAGCCCUAUGGACUGGCCCGGGGCACUUCCCAGCCCCAGGCUCCCUCCCUCCGUCCUCUAGGUGUUUGGUUUCCUAACCUCCAGAGAACUCAGGGCCCCGCUAGGUCCUGGCAGCAAGCACUGGGGCAAGGGGUGGUAGGGUCGCCCCUGUCCCUGGGCCACUGGUCGGCCCAGCCACGCCCCCUCCAGCCUGCUGGCACUGCAGGAGUGAACAGCCUGAACAAAAACCAGUUUUUAAACCCGAUUUUAGAAAACGCUUUAGUGAACAUUUUCAAACAGAAGGGCUCUUACAGAUAAAGCUCUGCCGGGAAAGGCACCCCAUGCGCUCCGCUGCCUUAGGACUGGGGCUGUUGGGAUCCUGCCACCUCCAGACGCCCUGUUCCUACAGCAGCACCUCCCCUAAGGGUCCCUGCGAGGGACUGGGUGAGGCUCCGCAGGUGCCCGAACCUCACAUCUGUGCUGGGGGCGGUGGGGGCCCUGGGGGUGGGGGCAGAUGCACUGCACUGGCUGUGGAGGACACCCUGUGCCCGGAGGUCACCCCCGGAAUCUGCAGACAGAAGAGCAGGCCUUGCCCGGGGCUCAGGCUGCAGGGGUCCUCACUCCUGAGUUCCUUAGUUCUAGAAAGAACCAAGGGAUGGGAAGCUUACAAGGGCAGGCGAGCAGAUGAUGGUUCGUGACUGCUUAGGCCGCAUCCUCUGUGGAUGUGAAAAUUCCCCUACCAUGCUCCUCUUGAAGGUCUCUGUCAUAGGACUUAGCCUGCCGUGUCGCCUCCAACUGUAACAACAGCCAGGUACAUACUCUGACAGGUUAGGAAGUUCUUCUGGUGAUCCUACUCAGAUCCGUCCUGCUGCAGUUUCUCUUGUCCUGCCCUCACUGGAAUGAAAGCAUUCUCGGUCUCUUCCAAAUAGUGGCUGGGGGUGUCCUACAAACUCCCUGCCUCUGGGGGGACUCUCUACCCCUUCUCAGGAAGCAGCUAAAAGUCCACUGCCCUACCUGCUUCACUCCCAUUCUGUGGUCCUAAACUGGCCCAGGUCAGUGGGGGAGGCGCCUCUGGUUCCCAGUGCCCAGCACUUUGUAGCCCCACCCCUUCCUGAUGCCCGAGCCCCCACUGGGGCAGGGACAGGAAAUAAAUUGAUCUACCCCACCCCUGACGAGCAGCCCUGGCAGCCAAGUGGAGCCUGUUGUCGGGCCCGUGGUGGGCCGGGCUGGCAGAGAUGGGUCCUUAUUUGCAAGGCUGCUUUAUAGUUGUGUCAGGCGAACACACUGACGAAAGCACAAGGAGGGGAAGGGGUCGGGCGAGGUUACUGUAAGCGCGUGGGCAGCGGCUGCAGAUCCUUUGUGACAUAUUGUCACGCUGAGGCCUUGGUGUCUGCCGUGCUCACAUCUCACGUAAAACCGCCCCAGAACUGGCGGGGGUGGGGGGAGAGAAGCUGCUUUGCACUAUCGUUUGCUUGGUGUGUUUGUUUUUCAUGCACAACUUGCUUGUACAGUAAACUGUCCGUCUUCUGUACUAUUUAACUGUAAAAUGGAAUUUUGAUUUGUUACAAUAAUAUAACAGACCUGUCAAAGCU